GGGGAACUCAAAAUUUUAUUUUUAAGACAGAUAUACCCUUAAGAAUAUGGGAUUGUCCGGCCGUAGAUGGAAAAAAGAAUGGAUCGGCUCAUACCUCAUACUCUCAUAGCCUCCGAUACCUGAUAUUUAAUUUCAUAAAUAGAGACGUUCGAUGUUUAUUCCGACGUUUGCCCUAGAACCGAACGUUCCUAGCCCUUUCUCUGGCAGUCUACCUCCUCUCCUUUAAUCCGUUUCUGUUUCUGUUUAGUUUCUCGAACGUUGCAGGUUGUAUUUAGGCGAAUCCCUGAAGUCCGCGAUGGGAAGAGAGCGAGAUGUUCCGAAACAGCCGAUCUCGUACACGGUCGAGCAGCUUGUCGCUGUGAAUCCAUACAAUCCUGACAUUUUACCUGAUCUCGAAAACUACGUGAACGAGCAGUUUGAACCAGAGCGAAUGAGUAUCCAGAUCAUUGCACGCAUUUUGGUUAAGGCUCUUAUGGCAAUGCCAGCUCCAGAUUUCAGCCUUUGUCUCUUUUUAAUCCCAGAACGCGUGGUAUCAUUUUCUUAUCCUCUUCAUUUAAUUUUUUUGUUAAAUAUUGAUGUGCUUCUCGUGGAUCCAUUCUGUUGGGGAUGAGUUGUGCUCUUGAAAGUUGAAACUAAUGUGUCAUCAGAGUUGUAUAAAGAUUAAUGUACUUUUUCCAGAGGUUGGUGAGGUCAGGUUUGCUUAGUUUUCAUUAAAAGAAAUCUAGAACAUAUUGUCUACUCAUCUUAGGGGUGGGGGGUAGUGGGGAAAAGGAAAUUGGCUUCUAUGAUGUUAGUGACAGUCAACUAACAGCUUAAUUAUGCAAUACAAAGCAUGUUUUGAAGUUCAAACAACAGAAAUGAUGUUUCACCUUUAUGGGAACAAAAACGGAUUUUUUGGUGUUUGAUAAACCUGUUUCUCGAAUUGAGUAGGGUUGGGUAGAUUCCUUGGGCCGGUGUACAUUUUUCUGGGGAAUUCGAACUUCAAUCCCCAUCAACGAUUCAGUUUUCGAUUCAUGAGGGUUCGGAGACAAUUGGAAGAAAUCCACAAAGGAAUUGAUGGAUGUGCAUUUAAGGCUUCCACCAGCAAAGCAAAAAUUCAGUGUAUUCCUUCUCGUUUCCCUGGAGAAUCUUCGAACUUUGGAAAGCCGCCAGGUAAGGUAAAUGCUGGGCUUGGGAGAUGCAACUUUUCUACGAGUCCAUCGAUUUUUUGGCCCACAAGUUGUUCCAAGAAACGGAAAAACAAGUCUAACUUGUUUGUCAAACCCGUUUCUCAACACAGAAAUAAGCAUAAAUUUCUAUUUAUGAUUCAAAAAACAGGUGAAACGAAACAGGUUUAUCACACAGUUUUGGGGGUGCUUUUCCGUUUCUGAGCACAGAAAAACACGUUUCUGAAAACGUUAUCAAAUGGUGCUUAACUUGGUAUCGGGUUAACCUAGUUGUCUCCAAAUGACCAAAUUGUCAAUACUGCUCAAGUAGUGCCUAAAUCAGCUUGCAAAAUGUUUUGCAAAUGACUUGUUGAUGUUCUAUCUAUACUAAUCGAGAUUAAAUUGAACGUUUAAUGCCUCCCCGUCUUCCCAUGGUUCCUUUUUAAUUCAUUUCUCUCUCUCUCUCUCUCUCUCUCUCUCUCUCUCUCUCUCUC